AUGUUUACUUCAUAUAAAUGCGCACAAAUGAUUACUCGUCAAUUAUUACCUAGAGUGAAUAAGUUGACACCGUGUUAUUGUUUUUCAGCAGAAGCAGAACAAUUUGUUAAUAAAGCUAGAUAUUUGGAAAAACUCAAAUCUGAUCAAACUUUUUCAAAUGUUUUAUACGAAGGUGGAAAAUAUAUAUUAUUUUUAAAAAAUGAAAUGGUUUGCCUGAAUAACGAUGACAAAUUAGUUUUAAAAGGAUACAAUGAUGUAUUAAAUGAAUCAGGUUCAAACAUUUGUUUAUUCGCUGUUAAUUUAGAAGCCUCAAGCGAAAUCAAUCAAGAGGAUAUCGAAAGCGAAGCAGAUGGAAAAUUUGUUAAUGUUAGACAUUCAUUAUUUUAUUUAAGUGCCAAGGAAUCACAAUAUGUAACUCAUGCAAGAGGUCUGUUAAAUUUUUGUGAAUCAGUCAAAUACUGCUGCUUUUGCAGUGGAACAUUAAAUAUAAACGAAGGUGGUCACAGAAAACAAUGUUCGAGUUGCAAUGUUUAUCACUAUCCGACAUUAUCACCAGUCGGUUUGACACUUAUAGAAAAUACAAAUCACAAUGAAGUUUUAUUAAUUAGACAAAAUAGGCAUCCGCCUGGAAUGUAUACAUGUGUGGCGGGUUUUAUUGAACCUGGUGAAUCAUAUGAAGAAAACGUGAGGAGAGAAGUUGCCGAAGAAGUCGGAUUGAACAUUCUCCAUGUUGAAUAUUGCACAUCUCAACCCUGGGCUUCACCAUCGUGUCAAUUGAGUUUGGGUUGCAUUGCGACCGUUUCGGAAAAAAAUUUCAUAAUAGAUCCGAAAGAAAUUCAAGAUGCCAAAUGGGUAAAAGCAAACGUUUUAAAAGAAGCCGUGGAGAGAACGAGAACGUUAAAAAAAUUCGAAUCCCUCGAUCCUGAGAAACUUUGGGCACCCCCACAAAAUGCCGUUUCUCACGCACUCAUGUUAAUCUGGUUGGAAAAAUAUCACAACUUUAAAACUCAUUGUUAA